GUGUCUGUUAUCUAUUACGUCAUCUCUAAUCCAUAUCUCGAAGCUACGGAGUCCCGUGACUAAGAUUCCGCUUCGCUUGGUUGCUGCGCCAUGGCUUCCACCACGCCGACCACCUCCUUCUCCCUGCUCCGGUUUACCAUUGAGGGUAUUCCAUACAGUCCGUUUGCAAAAUCAAGAUUCAAAAUAGUUGGCCUCAACAAAACUCAGAGACAAGGAUGUAAGCAUCCAAACAUUUCUGAUGCGGCAGAAAUUAGUGAGGAUGUUUUUCUUGACAAACGUGGGAAAUGGAGAAUCUCUAACCCCAAAAAAUUGUCCAGGAAAAGGGGUGGUUCACUAAGGGGACGGGGUUGGAAGUAUGGAUCUGGGUUUGUAGAUGGAGUUUUCCCUGUCCUAAGCCCCAUGGCUCAGCAGAUUCUAGAAUUUGUACAGAAGGAACCUGAUGCUGCCAAAGUGUGGGCUGCACUUGACACUCUCCCUGCCACUCACAAUGUGUGGGAUGAUCUUAUUAAUGUGUCAGUUCAACUUCGUCUCAACAAGCAAUGGGAUCCUAUUAUAUCUGUUUGUGAGUGGAUACUAUACAAGAGCUCUUUCCGCCCUGAUGUCAUAUGCUUCAACUUGCUUAUAGACUCAUACAGCCAGAAGAGACAGUAUAGGAAGGCAGAGUCGAUUUACACAGAUCUACUUGAAGGUCAAUGCAUCCCAACUGAGGAUACUUAUGCUCUUCUGUUGGGUGCUUACUCCAGAUGUGGGUUUUACAAGAAGUGUGAGGCUAUCCUUACAGAAAUGAGACAAAAUGGCACACAUCCAAGUGCUGUGGUAUAUAAUGCAUACAUAAAUGGGUUGUUAAAGGAGAGGGACACUAGAAAGGCUGUUGAAAUCUUUCAAAGGAUGAAAAGUGAUCGGUGCAAACCAUCAACAGACACAUACACAAUGAUGAUUAAUCUAUACGGGAAGGCUAAUCAAUCUGCUAUGGCCCUAAAGAUAUUCAAUGAAAUGAAAACUGAAAAGUGCAAGCCAAAUAUAUGUACAUAUACUGCUUUGAUAAAUGCAUUUGCGAGAGAUGGAAUGUGCGAGAAGGCUGAAGAGAUAUUUGAAGAGCUACAGGAGGCUGGACAUGAACCUGAUGUUUAUGCAUACAAUGCUCUCAUGGAAGUUUAUAAUCGUGCAGGUUUUCCAUUUGGUUCAUACGAGAUCUUCUCGCUAAUGCAACACAUGGGAUGUGAACCAGAUAGAGCUUCAUACAACAUUUUGGUUGAUGCAUUUGGAAGAGCUGGCCUUCAUGAAGAUGCAGAGGCCGCAUUUGAAGAGCUAAAACAGCAGGGCAUGACACCGACCAUGAAAUCACACAUGCUGCUCCUUUCUGCCUACUCAAGAGCAGGAAACAUUCCAAAAUGUGAAGCAGUCAUGAACCAGAUGCAUAAAUCCGGGCUUGAGCUGGACACCUUCGCACUCAACUCCAUGCUUAACGCCUACGGAAGGGCCGGUCGGUUCGAGAAGAUGGAAGAAGUCUUAAUGGGAAUGGAGAAGGGUCCAUAUGAAGGGGACAUCAGCACUUACAACAUCUUGAUUAACUUCUUUGGUCGUGCAGGUUUUUUUAGCAGAAUGGAAGAUGUGUUUCAUUCCCUAGCGAGCAAAGGGUUGAAAGCUGAUGUAGUGACUUGGACUUCGAAGAUGAGCGCAUACGCGCGAAAGAAACAGUACAGGAAAUGCUUGGAGAUUUUUGAAGAGAUGAUAGAUGCUGGUUGUUAUCCAGAUGGAGGAACUGCAAAAGUGCUGCUUGCCUCUUGUGCUACGGAUGAGCAGAUCGAACAGAUUACCACUGUAAUUAGAUCAAUGCAUAAGGAAACAAGAAAUACAUUUGCUGCAUGAAUAAUUUAUUCGAGUGCAGAUUCAAAUUAUAUAUAAUUUAUCAGUA